AUGGUGAAAGUUAUAGCUAGUUUAACUCUCGUGGCCUUGGUACAAAGCCAACUGCUAGUUGAAAUAUUUUUUAGUUCACACACUGACACAAGUCUUAUGACAAGCAUUUCAACCAAUUUAAGAAUAAAGCUCAACAGCCAAAUUGAUUUAAGACAAACAGAAAUUAAGUCAAGCUUAAGCAUUUUAAAUCGAAAAGUUAACCCAGCUAUCGCUCUGGAUCUCACUUCUAGCCUUUCUUUCGCUCGGAUUCUUAAAGAGUUAUCAAAGCAAAAGCAAUUUAUUUUGGUCUCUUUUUCUCCAAGUGAUAAUUACGAUUUUUGGGAGUUUUUUAUUCACAACCCUUUAUCAGACCACGCUGAUGCAAUUUUUAGCUUAAUUUCUUAUUUCAAAUGAGAAAAAUUUGUGGUCAUCUCAGACCUAAAUUUUGAUCCAAUGACUGCUUCUACAUCUGCAGAGGUUUUUAAGAAAGACAUUUAUAAUUUCUAUUUUUCUGAUGAGGGCAGUCAAGAUUCAGCUGAUCUAUUGAUAGGUAAAGCAAUUAAGCCAACUGGUAUUAAAAACUUUAUAAUUUUCAACAAAGGAGAAGGCGCCACAAAGAUAAUUUCAAGUUUAAAAUCAAAAAAUUUAUUAACGCAAGGCACUGGGGUUUUACUUGCAAGUCAAAGUGUUUGAGGACUCCAAGGAAGUGGCCUUGUAGCUGUUAUUGAAUCAGGCCUUCAAAAUUCUACUAGCUAUUAUAAUUAUGAGGCCCUAGCUGUUGAAAAAUUCAUUCGUCAAGUAAUUUCUUUUAACGAAUUUUCGAAUAUUGCGAUAAGAGAGCUUCUGGAAAAAAACACAGUGAAUCAUCACCCAGCUCAGAAAUUCAUGCUUAUAAAUACUCUAAAUUCAACUAAAAUCCCCUCAGGAAGCAUUACAUCAGGAAAUUUAACUCUAACCAGGCCAAUUCUUUUUCCAGGGAAUUCUACAAUUCCUCCCAAUUCUCCUUAUACAAAUAUUACAGUAUCUAUGGCAGAUGGAGUCACAAAUCCAGGCUCUACUAAUAGCUCGACGUCAUAUAUUGUGAAGGAUGGGGCUAGAUACGCUUUUAGCUAUUUGCAAAAGAUAUAGACAUUUCGCCUAUAUUGCCCGAUAUGGGCCGAAACUUGAGAGCACUUCCUCUCAAAUUGGUUUGGCCAACUUAGAUUGGCCAAACCAACAGAAGAGGGAAACUCCCUAAACUGUCUGGUUAGUUUGGCCAGCCUAAGUUGGUCAAACCAACUUGAGAGGAAAUGCUCUCAAGUUUCGACCCAUAUCUGGCAAUAUAGGCGAAAUUACUAUACAUUUUCUAGACAAUUUUCAGAUUUCAAUCACACACACUGACUGCGGAGCAGAAGUUUAUAAUGCAAGUUUCUCAAUUCAAUGUUUUGCGCGCCUAUCUCUUCUCUUUUAUUUUGAAAAAACAAAUCUAUUCUAGUUUAAAAUGGAUUCAUUAGCUUAAAUAUUUUCAUAAUGAGAGGAUCUAUAAAAUUUAUCAAUUUAAUGCUGGCUUGGUUCUACUUGCGCUCCCUAAUUUAAAAGAAACAAUUCAUGGAUAAAUUUGCGAUAUUAAAUUUAAUAUCAAAGAUAUUUUCAAAUAAUCAUUAUUUUAACCAAUAAAAAUUAAACUUUGUUCAAUUUAAAGAGGCAAAUUUGCCCAAAAAGAAAUUUACUCAAUUUUUUCUAGUUUAAAGGUGGAAGUAAGAAGGCAGCUUGGGAUAGCUCUAAUCUCUGCCUCAUAUCCUUUGCUAUGUGUAGGAAACAUUGUUUCAUUAAGGGCUUUAAAUGUUUCAAUCCCUCACAUUUCCGAAAACGGAGCAGCUGGAGUUUUGGCAUCUCAGCAAUCUUAUCCUGAGUUUAUGAGAAUCAUGAAGGAUUCUCGAUACAACUCCGGAGCUUUUAUUGCACUGGCUUCAGUCUUCGACUGAAAAAGUAUAUGUGUUAUUUAUCAAAAUAAUACAUGAUCGAAUCUGGCUUAUGAAUAUUAUUUGAAUCAAACUAAAAAAUCAGAUAUAAAAAUCGUGAACACAGAGAGGGUCGUGGCUAGCCCUUAUAGGCACGAAAUGUAUGAUAAGCAUAAACCUUUGAUGGAGUAUCUGAUUUCUUUGAAAGUUCGCAUUUUUGUGAUGUUUAUCAUGAUUCCAGACGAAUUUUACUUUAUUGAAGAUUUUUAUGAUGCAGGACUCAGAAGAGGAGAAGCGAUUUUCAUAUUUCCGUCAAGAAUUACUGAAAAUUUAGUUAUCGAAAAAGAUCCUGUGCAGAGAGCAAAGCUCUACGAUUUACUAUAUGGAUCCAUUGUGGUAGAUCAAGCAGAUUGAGUUGGAGAGCUUGGAAAAGAGGUCGUUAUCGUUAUAGUUAUAUACUUGAUUUCUGAUCAGAAUUCUGAUCUGUAUAAUGAUCAGAACGAUCGAGCUCAUCCGAGGGGGUUAUCAUCUUAAACUAAUUACGGAUUGUUGUACAGUUCUCAUCCUCCAGGUUCCAGGGUCCCCUCUCCGGUUAUCGCCGAUUGCCCGUGGACGAUCCGUGUGGUAAGAAUUACAGAUUUGGGAUUUGCUAGUCACUCUUUCCAGUUAGCUUUUGUGAUUCUGCUCUAGCCGCUUCGCCUUCAACCUCUGCAGGACAUCCGAAGCCAGGUGCUGCGUCAGGAAAAUUCCCUUUUAGAGGUGCAAAAUUUUACCUGCAGAGGUUGGGAAAAGAGGUAAAAAAAGGAAUAAUUGCGAAUUAUCCAGGGUCUCUAACCAAUAGAUGCUUUUCCUUUGACUCGGUAAUGCUGCUGAUGAGCGGAAUAAAGUUUACACUAAAUGUAGGAGAAAAUGUUGAAGAUUCCAAAAUUUUGAACGCAAAUUUAAGAAAGCAAAGAUUCGUCGGCUGCUCAGGCACUGUUUCAAUCGAGAAUGGCAGCAAUGAACGAAGUGUAAUAGCAUUUGGGAUCUACAACAUGAGGUGAAAUAGCACCUCAGAUAGCAUGUAUGAUUGGUGGGUAGCCACAUAUGAUCUCUCAAGUGAGCAGCUUAUAACCUUUUUCGACGAUAUCAUAUGGUAUAAUAAUAAAACAAGCACUCCAAGUGCAAAAAUUGUUUAUGCUGACGGAUGUCCGUUUGAUAAAAGUCUAAGACAGUAUUCUGAAAAAGGGUCUGCAGUUUUAUACGGAGUUGGCUCAGGAGUUUUACUUUCAACCAUAAUCAUCACUUACUAUAUUUGAAAGAAAUGAUGGCGAAUAGAAAUCAAGGAUCUUAUUGAAAAAACUCGAAUUAAGUUCGACGAUUUUCUUGUGAUGGGAAUGAUUUAUACAGAUUUUCUUCAGUACCUUUCUAUGGGGCCAGACAUCAAAAAAUUCGAUAAUUACUCAUACACUUUAGCUAAUUAUGCUGCGCUGAAUUUCGGCUGGGUAACGGUAGGAAAGAGCUUUUGGAUUUAUGUUGCCUCAGCUGUCGUUGGUAUAUUUCUCUGAAUUUAUUUCGCAAUUAUUCCAACCUUUGCAAUUCAAAAUAGGAUUAUUGGGAAAAUAGCUUUCAUAAACAGUGACAGAAUUGUCAGAAUGGGAAUCCCACUCAUAGGAAAUGCGUGCUUCUUACCUAUAAUUUCAGUGCUUUUAAGUGUAUUUCAAUGCAAUGAAGGAAUAGGUAAUGAUUUAGAUGAAAGCUUUGUUCAUAGUGAUUGUACAGUUUAUUGCUGGAAAGGCACUCAUCUCACUUGGGCAGCUGUUUCAAUAGCUGCUUUGCUGGUAUAUUUACCACUUGCUGUGUUUUAUAGACCCUUUUGAGACCACGCUGAUGACAUGAUGAAAAUAAAGACACGGCCAGCGUAUCUUAUGCUGAAAAGUGUUUUUCAAGUGGCUUUGGUUUUCAUGAAUAAGGCGUUAAAACCUGUAGACCAAGCUUUAUAUGGUUUUAUUUAUUUUCUUGCAUUAUUGGUAUUUUUCUUAUGGUGUAUGAAGAAGAAGCCUUAUAACUACCAAAGAUUGAACCUCUGGGUGCUGAUUUCUUAUCUUGCGGUUUUAUGGAACGUUGUGAUUUCUUCAAUAUUUUGACUCGAGCUAUAUGAAGGAAAUAUUUUCCUCUGGAUUUCUUCAUUGUAUAUAGGUUGGAUUGCAUUAUUGGUUUCUGGACUUUUAAUUCAAUGGAAAUAUUGUCCGAGCUUGCUAUAUGGUGAUAAAGCUCCAGACAUUGGAAUAUUCUUCCGUUUCUCUCUAGGAAGUAAAAUAUCAGCUGCAGAGAUCAACAAAUCUAUAAGGGAGAGAAUGGAGAGCCGAAUUUCACUCCAAGAAGAGAUCCAACCAAUUCCAGUUAAUAAGUCAAAAUUAGACGAAGAAAUCCGUGACUACGACAACACAAAUAGAAAUUUUUUGUCGCAUGAUGAAUUUGUACUACGCGUCCAAGAUAUAUCUUAA